CACCUCACCACUGCCAUCACCACCAUCACCCACCGCCGCAAGCAGUAGCAUAUAUCCACCUCGAUCGUCCACCUUCACCUCCUCACCACCCUCGACACAGUCCUGGAUGUCCUCGACGUCUGCAUCGCGUCGUGGCCCGGAAGAGGAGAUCAACCCCUUCCAGAUCAAUUCCGACGACGACGAUGACCAACAGAGGCAGCGUCCAGCCAGUUCCACCAGGAGCUCCCACAAUAACGCCCUAGGAGCUGGCGAGUCUUCUUCAUCGCCUUGGGGUACCGCCGACCAUGAUGAGGCAACGGCAGACGCUCCACCUCCGCCUUAUCGUGGGGACAAGAGGGGAAAGUCUCAAGAACGCCAAGGUGCAUCUUCGGCGAGCUCAGCACAGGGACAGCAGCAACAGCAGAGACGGCCACAGCCCCUACCCGCUCCCGAGAUGGAUAUGAGUGACCUCACAAUCAUUGACGCUCAAAAGACGACCGAUCAUGUAGGGGCGUCCAGCUUCAUCGUCUACGUUAUUCGAUGCGACAAUGUCGAAGCCAAACGACGCUACUCAGAAUUCGAAGCCUUGCGCUCAGCUCUGGUCCAAUUACACCCUACUCUGAUCAUCCCUCCUAUUCCCUCGAAGCAUACGCUAAGCGAUUAUGCAGUCAAGCAAUCGAAGGCAAAGGAGGAUGCUACCAUCAUCGCCAGGAGGAAGCGCAUGUUGCAAAGCUUUCUACGGCGCUGUGCUGAUCACCCCGAUCUGAAGCAGAGCGAGGUCUUCAGGAAAUUCCUCGAUGGACGAUGGAGCUGGCACGAGAUCUCAACCACGCCUCCUAUCUCUUCCUUGCCAAAGUCCAAUCUCAAGGCUCCUGCAGCUAAUCCUGCAGACCUCAAUGCCUCUCCAGCCUACGCUUCCCUCCCGCUACCCUCAUCCGCCGGCAACCAAUUGCGAAACCCAAGUCAGCGCUUCCUCGACUCAGAGGCCUUCACGACGCGCUUUGCGAACCACAUGUCGGGCUCAGUUGAAAAGGCGAAUCGGCGUGUAGCACGAAGAUGGGGCGACUCCGCCGGCGACUUUGCAGAGCUAGGCGCCGUCCUGAACGGCUUUGCCCUCUCCGAGUCGGGUCAGAUGGCCACUGCCAUGGAACGUCUGGGCCAAGCCAGCGAUUCGACAUUCAUUAGCGUCGGUGGCCUCCUGCAAGACUGGGAACAAUCCGUCACUGAGCCACUGCACGAGUAUGUGCAAUUUGCGAGUGUGCUUCAGAAGCUCCUCAAGUGGAGACAUCUCAAGCACCUGCAGUUCGAGCUGGCUCAGGAUGCAUUGGAGGCCAAGCGACUCAAGCUUGAGGAGCUGGAGCGCGUCGAGGCAGAGGCAAAGCGGCUAGAGCGGGCCCUCGAGACGGGCGGACGCAGUCUUACCGGUGGAGGUGGGGGUGGCAGUGGUGGUGGAGCAUGGGACUCGACGGGAAGCGGAAGAGUCAAGAGCAGCAUCUAUGGCGGAGCCGUAGACCCACAAGACGACGACGGCUUUGCUGGCUCUUCUUCCGUCGGAGGCAGCGCUGGAGCCCCUGGUGGCGCGAGGGACAACCUGGGUAGGACAGCAGAUGGAGAUGCUCGCAGUCAUUACAGUGGCAGCGGCAGUGGUAGUGGAGACGGCACGGGCUCCUCCGCCCGCAGCUCAGCAGGUAGCAGAGGCCAUCACUCCUCUGGCUCUUCCUCCGGCGGCGGCGGUGGAGGAAUCUUCAGCGCCCUCUCCCACACCUUUUCCUCAGUCCUGGACGUCGACCCUGAAACCACUCGUCGUCGAGAAAUCUCCCGACUAAAAGAGGACAUCUCCAGUCUAGACGAGGCUCUUCAACUCACCUCGCAGGACCUGAGCUAUGCGACGAAUAAGAUUCAAGCAGACCUCGAUCGAUUUCAAAGAAUGAAGAUUCGCGAUUUCCGACAGAUUUUGCUCAGGUGCGCUACGAUGCAUCGAGAUUUCUGUAGAGUCAAUCAACGGAAUUGGGAAGAGGCAAAAGUGGAGAUUGAAAAGGUGGAGAAUAAAAAGGCUGGGAGUGGCACUGGGAGUGGAAGUGGAGAGUGGCCUAGCUAUGUUAUGCCCGAGGGCAGUCUAGGCAGGAAGGAAAGUGCGGAGAGGGACGAUUGAGCUGAGCCCACGAGGGAGACAGUGAGGCAGGGUAUGAGCGAGACAGGGAUGGACAAGUAGAGGGUGGUCAUGGUCUUGAGCAGUGUGUGCAACCUACAG